AUGGACUAUGAACACCUAAUUAUUGUCUGCUGUCAUGCGAUCUACAUCGGAGGACCCAAGCACGGCAGAUCGGAAGAUGAAUGGUCAGUGCACCACAGCGCCUGGUGCCCAGGUGGUCUUGAUAUAUCUCGAGAACCCCCAAAAUGCCCGUCGGAGAAUCACAUUAACAGUGCCCAACAGGCUGAUCGAACCAUUUCAGAAGGGAGAAACCUCGACCUUUAUAGAUCAUGCCAAGGCUGGGAUAAAGGCACUGGGAGAGGAUCCCCAUGCUUUGCUAGUGUUUUCAGGGUAGGCAAAACCCCCUCCCACCCCCAACGCUGCACUGUAGGCCUCCAUUCAAUCAACAUCGAAUUAAUUUUUCUCAGGGGUCCAACAAAGAAGUCGAGGACGGAGACAAGUGAAGGACAGUCUUACCUUAAUCUUUGCAAGGACAACAACUUCUUCACUUUUCUAUUUCCAAAAUCGCCAAUUGACCCUUCCAGAGUGCUUUCAGAGUGCCACGCAACAGAUUCCUACCAGAACGUUUUGUUUUCCCUACUUCAAUUCCGGUUCCACACAGGCAUCUACCCACGACGAUUCACCGUUGUGACGCACGAAUUUAAGAGAACAAGAUUCAUGGAAUGCCACUUCCCGGCCCUCGGCUUGCUUCCCUUCGCCAACGGUAAGGAACAAGUUGAGUCAGAUAAAAUCUCUGUCAUCGGGAUCAACCCCCCGGAAGAAGUUACACCUCUUGAGACCCUGGUGCGAGGGGAGAUGUCUAAGGGGAUCGCGCUCUGGAAACAGGACCUUUACGGAGUUGGCGGGGAACUAUCAAAGAAAAGGAGCACGCGAGGCUGGUCAAAAGAGUUGCAAAAGAACUUAUUUCUAAACAAAGGGCUGGGCGAUGUCGUUGAGAGGCUAGUUUGCUGGGAAGGUGGUACGGGUAAUCAACGGUUUCUUAGCAUGGACGAAUUGCCCUGGUAUUAUGGCAAGGCACUUUCAGGGCGAUGA